AUUGCGAGAAGAAGUGAAAGAUGAGUGAUCCGGUAAAAUGCUGCAGUGUUUUUGCUAAAGUUGUUCUCAUUCUCUUAAACAUCUUUUACCUGAUUCUUGGUUUGUGUCUCAGUGGGGCUGGAAUUUACGCUUUGACUAACAUAGAACAUUUCAACAAUGUGGUCGGGUCUGACUUUAAAAUUGAAGCAGGAAUCCUCGUCGGGGUUGGUAUCAUCACAAUAUUAACUGCUGUACUGGGAAUAACUGCUGCUGCAGCGAGUCUAUGGCCGCUAUUAAUACUAUAUUGCUUCCUCAUACUGUUGCUAAUAGGGAUACAGGUUGGGGCUGGAGUCACUGCGUUUGUAUAUAAAGAUGAAGUAAAAGAUAGAGUGACUGCUCAGAUUAUUAAGUUCAUGAGAAACUACACCACCAAUCAGUCCAGUCCGGUCUAUAAUGAGGACGGAAAUGAAGUUCUUGACUUUAUUCAGGAGAAUUUCCGCUGCUGCGGGUUUCAAUUUGGUUUCUACGACUGGAUGUUGGUCAACAUAGGAUACGUGCUCUCUCAUGCCAGCCUACCUGAAAGCUGUUACUGUCACGAUGAUAAUGACGCCAUCAUAACUCAGAACACGACUGAGUGUAGCGUGUAUCCUCCUUACACUCUGCCUGUAGUCCCGUCCAACCUUCAUCUACCAGCUGGUGUUACUAUACCUCCCAAUAUUGCUAGUUUCAUUGGGUUCAACGUCACACUGAGCAUAUGGAGAAGAAAUUGUCAAGAAGCCGUAGUGAGUUAUCUCAAACACAAUUUAAUUGCAUUCGGAGCUGUAGCUGUCACAGUAGCAGCUGCUCAGAUCCUGACAUUUUUCUUUUCAUGUGGUCUGGUAGUCUGUGUACUGGUUGCUAAUAAAAGAAAAAGACAUGCUCUCCAUGUACAGGAGCUGGCCUACACACAGAUGGAGUCUUAUCCUGACGAUAACGACAGCUUCACCAGCAGCACCAACACUUUAGAAGGUGGUGACUCUCAAUAUAAGAGAUUUGACUAAGAACUACGUGAUUUAAUCAUUAUGCAUGCUGAAUUCACAUUUGUGUGUGUUUGUAUGCAAUUGAACUCAUCAUUUUUAUCAUUCUGUACCUCAUCAGUGUCAUAUCAAUGUUGUAGAUUCAUGACAUAUACUUGUUCAUUGUAUAUACAGUGGUUAGUUUUUAAUUGUGUUUCGUCUAAUAUUGUAUGGAUAUUGUGGUUUAUGGAUAUUGUGGUUAAUAUUGUAUAGAUAUUGUGGUUAUAGUGUGGGAUUAUUGUUGAAAUGAAA